AUGGUAGUUCUAGAAAAAGAAGUUUCUCAGAGGUUUGACUAUAUUGAAAGGGAGAUUCGAGAUUUAAAAGGGAAGGUAGCCUCUCUUUGUAAUAAUUUGUCUGCACCUAGUACUUCCUUCAGUUUUGAAGACCUACUCUCUCACCCACCAUCUCCUCCUCACCAUGAGCCUGCACCACCUACAUCACCUAGACCCACUUCUCUUAUUUCUACUUCACUAUCUAUACCUUCCACCUCACCUCCUCCUCCUCCUGCUACCGUAGCUAUUAUCAUAGUUCCCCAGCCUACUCUUUCCCUAACUCUUCCACCCAUUUCUCAGACUAUCUCUCCACUUUCUCAGUUUCCCCCUCUCUCUGUUCCCCUUACUUUGCCUACUUCUUCCCUACCUUCUGAUACUAACAAAAAGGAGGAGAAGGAAUCUGUUUAG